AUGCAGCUGCCUUGGCAAAAGCCAGGGCAGGAGGUGGAGCGCGGCAGGCCGCCAAGCCCACUCACACGACAGCGCGUCGGAGAAAAAGAUGAAGUGACAGCAGGGAAAGUCUCCUACGCAGUGACGUUGAAGGGCCGCUGGAGGGCCCAGGAGCGCCCGCACGUGCCCCUGGAGCUGCUCCGGGCGCCCCUGCAAGUCGGCGAGCCCGUGGAGCUUUGGUCCCGGAGCGACUGGCGCUUGGCGGAGGUCGAGGGCCUCGAGGCCAGCACGGCCCUCCUCCGCCAUUACAAGGUGCGUGUCUUCGGCCAAGAGUCCGUGGCUGUCGUAGAGGCCUCCUACCUCAGGCGCCGCUUCCUCAAGGGAAGUGCUGUGGAGGUCUACCGGGGUCCGGCACGUGGCUGGAUCUGCACCAGGGUGUCCGACAUGGCAUCAGGCCCUGGCUUCACAAACUUUGCUUCCUCCCUGGAUGCUGUGACGGAUGGCUUUCCCCAGGCUGACGCGGAGCACCCGGAGCCUUGCGCAGAGCUUUGGGAUCCCCAAAGCGGCGGGCCCGAUAGCCGACGAGGCGCCCCACCGCGGAAGUCGGAUGGCUCGAGGUUCCAGCCCUGCGACUUCGUCGCCAGGGUUCCGGUGCUCAAGGAGUUCGCCGUUGGCGACGAGGACGUCGAAGAGGUCCCGUCCUUCUUGCUGCGCCCAGCGGCCAGCAGUCCCUCCUGCCCGUCCCAAGUCUUCCAAAUCUGA